GAGACACAUACAUGUGAUCACAUGAAUAGUACCACAAACUGCUGUAGAAAGGGGUCGAUUUGUUGAGUGAGUGAAUUUAUUAAACUGUUAUACAGGAAAUGGCAAAUGUAACACUGGAACAACAACCGCCGCCGGGAAAGAUUAUUAGCGAGACCCUAUCAAAGAAAUUCCCUACAGGAUUUAUUCAACAAACUGCACAAACCGUACACGCUAUGAGGCACAAACCGAUAUCAGCAGGGUCAUCACGUAGGACUGAUCAAGUCCUAGGCGAAAAUGGGAAGCACCAACUGCGUAGAGAAAACACGUAUCCAGGCACUGGCAAAACACCAAACAUUACAAAAGUCAAUACAGAUCCGGAUAUUCGGGUAUUUCGUCUAAUUUGCAAAGUGGAAAGCUUUCCACUCUUACAGCGAAACUUGCAAUUCGCUAGGGACAUUCAGAAAAGGUGUCAAAAUAUAGUUGAUAACGUUGAUGGGAUCCAUGUUCCGAAGUACCCAAGACUCCUUGAUCAACAAGAACUGACGUUAUAUAUAGCUACGGGCAGUGAUGUGGAUGAUAUUUCACAAAAGAUAUCUACCAUAAUGGGUGACCAUGAUUACAGUGAAAAAAUGGAUGUUACAGAGAAAUGUUUCAAAGGAGACAGUAAAAUUGUGACACCUGAUCAAGACUGUUCGUGUCUGAUUCUCUUUCUACACAAAGAUCAGACGAACAAUUAUAUACUUGAAUCAUCGAAAGUGUUGCAUGUUCCGAGUCCACCUGCUGUUGCGAUAUCCGGACAAAGCCAAUCAGUAAAAGAUUUCAGUGAAGAAACAAAAGACCAGCCGUGCAUUCGACGAAAACUUACCCAUAUUCUAGGCGAAGACCUGUUCACCUAUGCAAAAGAAGUGCAGCAAAGCCUUGAUAAAUAUGAGGACAUAAUCAAGUCUCCAAACCCUGACCAAAUAACCAUGCUGCGGAACACCAAGGAAGCUGUGACUGUAUUGCUUACCCGAAGAGUGCUUCCGGACUGUGAAACAUCAGCAGCUGGUGGCUCUACUAAAUGUGAAAUUCCAGAUGAUAUAGAUUCAGCACUGAAUGCAAUGGAAAACUGCGGCGUAAUGGCAUUUGGAUUGUUUGCGGACAACUUUAUAGUCUUUAUCGACGAAAAGUGCAGUGACCAAGUACAAAAACAGACCACCCAAGAGAUAACAAACCUUUGCAGCGAUCGAUACGACUUCAAAAUACCUUUAAGAGUGAUACAUGUUUCACAAGACUUCUUGACAGACACGGGUUUGGAGCAAGGCCAUGCAUUCCAAACUGGAUCUAACUCUGGCUCUAUCGGAAUGGUAACAAACGCAACUGUACACCCGGUCGCCACAGAGACAAUCACAGAAGCAGAUGGAUCGACACAUUCAGAACAGGGAAUUCCUAAACACAUCGUCGUGGCAAUUACCGCAGGUCAUAUUUUUGCAAAAAGCGAUGACGCAUGUUUCGUCAGAAAAGAUGAACAAACUGUGAAAUUCGGAAAAUGCCUCGCAAAACAGUAUCGCAAGGGAAAUAUUUCAGCAAAGCAAUUUGACAUCGCCUUGAUAGAACUCGACGAGAACAUGACAACCAUCGACGUUUGCUCUCAAAAAUUCAGAAAUGAUACUGGUGAAUCAUGUGACGGUGUUUUGUUUAAAGGCUCUCUUGCAUCUGGUACUGUUAUGUACAAAAAAGGUGCUACAACCAAAAUGACGGCAGGAGUUGUUGUCAGCCAAGAUUUUCGAAAAGUUGGACCUGUCGAUACGCAGAAAGGCUACUUGAUCAAAGGGCGCGAUGGUAGUGAAUUCGCUAAACGCGGAGAUAGUGGUUCCAUUGUAUUUACGUUAGACAUCAAUGACGAAGAAAAUAGAACUGUCAAUCUAAUAUCGAUUGUAUCGCAAAUAUUGACAGAGGAGUUUACUAAAAAAAUUGAGGAUCCCGGAAAAUUCACUUACAGCGUCCGCCUUGACAAGUGUCUUGAAAUCCUACCUAAUGUGACCGUGCAAAUGCCUAAAAAGUAAUUUUGUUUACUACCCCAUACGUACAACUGUAUAUAUUUACAUCAUUAUUACUUGUGAUUUGGUCAUGUUUUUUCAGUUAUCUGUGAUAAUUCCUUAUGUAUUUUGGAUCUCAUCAUAAUUUUAGAACUAGUUUUCCUUAUUGUUCCUUAUAUUUCCGUAAUGUCAAUGCAGUAUUUCUUGAACUAUUCCGAGUUAUUUAAAUUCGUAUAUGACGCCUGAUAUGUUUGCUUUGUUUUGGGGUUACUGCUACCACCUUAAAUACAUAUCUGUGUAUCCUACUACUUUAACAAUAGUAUUAGCAUGAUAUAUUAUUUGAUAUUUUCAAUUAUUUAAAGCGUGUUCCAAGGUACAUGUAUACAUACUGUGUCUAAUUCUCUUUUGGAAACCUCACCAUUGUUUUCUGCUUUACUGAUGUUUACUGAGUGCCAAAAAGAAAACAAAUUCAAUUAGUAGAUUUGUUUAUUUUUCUUUUGAUUUUCGCACCCGUUCGUUACUUUGAUUUAUCAUUUUACUUGUUAAAAUAUCUAUUUGGUGGUUAUAUUUUUAAAUGAAGUAUGCAUUGUCUGAGAUUUUGAAUUUUUAGUUGGAAAAUAAUUUUGUAGCGUGAUAAUUAAACUUCCUACUACUAACCAUUUUUGUUUGCAACCUAAUUUGUUUCGAUAAACAAUAUGUACAAAUUGGUAAAUAUAUGCUUGUGAAUAGGUCGUAUGUAUUGAGUAUUUUCUUUUGCUUAUUCAUCGCGUAUUUUGGAUCUUAAUCGUGAUUAAACAAUUGUUUCCAAUACAUUACCGUAUACCAAUGCAGUAUUCCGAGUUAUUUAACAUCGUUUAUGACGAGUUGCUGCUUCAACCUUCAGAUAUGAUAAGAUUUUCUUGAGAAUAAAAGAAAACCUUCAAUGAAUAAUUUAUUAAUCGAUCGUUACUCAGAAAUAGUUGCGAGUUAUUUUGAAACGAAUUGUGUUUUGUUUGAAUAUGUUGUGCUGAUGUAGUACAGUAAAGCCUGGGAUAUUUUUAUCUUAAUCUUUAUUUUUAUUAAACAAAUUAUUGCCUUUAUCAUAUGAAAUAUCGGUACAAAAGCAUACACUAUUAUCGUUCAUUCAACAUCUUAAAAAUAAGUUCGUACUUAUUAUUCUUAUCAAGAUAUGAAGUAAGAACAUUACAUGACAUUUCAUUAAAAUGAGAUUCUAGAUCGAGGAAUAUAAAAUAAAAAGCAUAUUUUUUUUUAUUUUUUUUAGCAAAUAAAUUGUGACCUUCAUUGCGAUGGCGUAAACGGUAGAAUGAACAAGUGUGGCAACUAUGAUUAACGAGCUCGAUGAAGAAAACGUUAUAAUAAACUCAGAAAAUACACAGCGAACAACUAUUAAAUUAUUUAAUCUUGAUUAUAAUCCUCGUUGUAUUCGCGCAUUUACAUACUGCUUACGGUCGAAAAGUAAGGAACGAAGCCAACAUCGUUUACUUUAAAGACAUGGAAAUUUGCAAGUGCAUCUAUUGAAUACGAGGUUUAUCAUCAUUCCACUGUUGCGUAAUUAGACGAGAUUUGAUCCAAGAAGUGUUAUCUGUUCCAAGGUGUUGAAAUUACGAACCAUAGUUGUCACCAGAAUAUUAUGUAUCGCUGAACCGUAGAGACAUAUAUCUAGCCAUGCGCCGUAUUUCAAACAGGUAUCAAUUCGCCGAACCUUCUUUCACUGCGUAUAUACGAUAAUGUAUACGAAGUCACAGUUUGAUAAGCUAGAGAUGAAAGUAUGUAAAUAUAUACAUUAGGCAGGUUGAUAGUGUUGCAUAAAUGACUUAUUUUUAUUCAAUUUUUAUCUCGUAUAUAUUUGUUUUUUUAAUUCAUUAUUUUGUAUCGCAAUGAACGUAUAAUCUUCCGUAUAUAAUAUGAUUUUCAGAGAAAGAAUAUUUUUUAUAUUUUUUUAUUUCUUUGUUUAUAUACCGUGGGA